AUGGAGACACUACGCAAAUCAGCGAACCGACACCUCGCAUUAGCUGACGGUGAGCAUGACGUUGUGAACGACCGUGUCCAGCGAGUUGAAGAGACACUGAGCGAGAUAGACGAGAGAAUGGCCCAAGUCAACCAUCGGCUUGACCGCGUCCUGGAAUGCAUCGAUGCACUCGUGCAGACCGUUGCUGCGACUCAGCAUUCUACUCAAGCUAAUGUUGAAGCUUCUAAUCAGUUUCAAGAGGCGGCAGCGGUAGCAGAACUGAGGGCCCACAUUGAAGCUAUGGGGCGUGUUCAGGAGCUGGUUCAGCAGACAGCUGCAGCCGUGGCCGAUAUCCAGCAACAGCCAACUGACACCCCGGGUCAGACCAAUAAACUUUCACGUCCUCGUGAGCAAGACACUGAGAUGGAAGCGCCAGCUGAGAGAAAACUGCGCAGAAUGGAGACGAAGCCGCCUGUGUUUGAAGGCGAUAUCGACGGUGUCAAGCCCGAUAGUUUCAUAUUCCAGUUUGAAGCGUAUUUUACCUUCACGGGCGACCUUGCUGAGGAUGACGUCGUGGUGGCCCGAGAACUCGGCCAGUGCGUGAACAGAGAUUGCUCUCUUCGUCGUUCACUACUAUACCAGCGGUCUGUUCACCGGGCGCACAUCAGCUAG